AAAUCUGCAGCUCCUCAGUUCCUUUUCGUGAAGAUGUCAACUGCAGUUUCGCAGCAAAUCUCCCUUUUCCGAUUCCAUGUCGAGAACCGUAGAUUGGAUGAAGGAACUCUUCGAAUUCUCGAGUCCAUUUUAGCUUGGAACGAUUUCAAAUCUCUGUACGGAGUGGUAUGUACUUUGAAACAGUUCAUGAGAAACGAGUCUCUCUGCAUUAUUCAGGAAAUCGCUGGAAAAUCUGCAGAGCAUAAGCUUCUGAUCGUCGAUUUUUUAGUUCACAUUUUUGCUCUCAUUGGAGAUACUGAGAAUUGCUUGGCGUUGAGAUAUGAGGCAUUGCUUUUGAGAGAGAAGAAAGCUAUCAGUGAUCAGAGGUUUCUUGUUUCAUAUAGUGAAUGGCUCACUUUUGCUGAGCAUUCACUUGAAAGUGGCUUUUGUUCCAUUGCAAAGAAGGCAUGUGAAAAGGCACUCUUAUGUUUUGAGAUGAAUAUCGUAGAUGACCCUGCAAAUGACUUUAUAAUUGAAAAAAUUAAGAAGCUUGAAGACGUUGCUGUGAUCUCAGCGUCCUCAAAAUCUGUUCAGGUGCAGGCAACAACGUACUUCAAGAACAAAAAUAUUCAGCAGAACUCACAAGGAUCUUACAUUUCUGUGGAAGCUAAAAAUUCAGGAAGCACUCUGUUUAGAGAUGGAAUUAAAAAACGACACAGACGCCAAUUGGAUGAAUACCGACAUUUGAAACUGGAUGGAAGAACUGAUGGAGACACGCAAAAUAUAUUGGAAUGAUUUUCUCUGAAGUAUUACUAUUACGGAGUCCUCAAUAUGAUCAAAUAUCAACUUCCCUUCUUAUGAUUAGUAUCUUGGAAGGUAAUUACUCUUAUUAGUAUACCACGAUAUCAUUGCUACGAUAUGUUUAGAACUUAUAAUAAAUUUGGUCUUAUACGUAUGCCUGCGAAAAACAGUCACAAAAAUUUUGUUCUGUGGUAAGAACCUCUUGUUUCUUCUGUU